GGAAGCGGCGCGGCGACGGCACUUUCUCUCCAGCUGCCUGCACCCAGCGACAUGUCGGCCCUCAGCGCCCUGUUCAAAUAUGUGGACGAGAACCAGGACCGAUACGUCAAGAAACUGGCUGACUGGGUGGCCAUCCAGAGCGUGUCGGCGUGGCCGGAGAAGAGGGGCGAGGUCCGCAGGAUGAUGGAGGUGGCCGCCGCCGACGUGCAGCAGCUGGGCGGCUCCGUGGAGCUGGUGGACAUCGGGAAGCAGAAGCUCCCCGACGGCUCAGAGAUCCCGCUGCCCCCCAUCUUGCUGGGCACACUGGGCUCGGACCCCAAGAAGAAGACGGUGUGCAUUUAUGGACACCUGGACGUGCAGCCCGCGGCCCUGGAGGACGGCUGGGACAGCGAGCCCUUCACACUGGUGGAGCGUGAUGGCAAGCUGUAUGGGCGGGGUGCCACUGACGACAAGGGGCCCGUGGCCGGCUGGAUCAACGCCCUGGAAGCCUUCCAGAAAACCAGCCAGGAGAUCCCAGUGAACGUACGCUUCUGCCUGGAGGGCAUGGAGGAGUCGGGCUCCGAGGGCCUGGACGAGCUCAUCUUCGCCCGCAAGGACAGCUUCUUCCGGGACGUGGACUACGUGUGCAUCUCCGACAACUACUGGCUGGGCAAGAAGAAGCCCUGUAUCACCUACGGCCUCCGGGGCAUCUGCUACUUCUUCAUUGAGGUGGACUGCAGUGACAAGGACCUUCACUCGGGCGUGUACGGCGGCUCCGUGCACGAGGCCAUGACUGACCUCAUCGCACUGAUGGGCUGCCUGGUGGACCGGAAGGGCCGCAUCCUCAUCCCCGGCAUCAGUGAGGCCGUGGCCCCCGUGACGGACGAGGAGCUGCGUCUCUACGAGCAGAUCGACUUCGACCUGGAGGAGUACGCCAAGGACGUGGGCACCGACACGCUGCUGCACGGCUCCAAGACGGACCUCCUGAUGCACCGCUGGCGCUACCCAUCCCUGUCCCUGCAUGGCAUCGAGGGCGCGUUCUCGGGCUCGGGCGCCAAGACCGUCAUCCCCCGCAAGGUGGUGGGCAAGUUCUCCAUCCGCCUGGUGCCCGACAUGACCCCCGAGGUGGUCAGCCAGCAGGUCACGAGCUACCUGACGAAGAAGUUCCAGGAACUGCAGAGUCCCAACAAGUUCAAGAUAUACAUGGGCCACGGAGGGAAGCCCUGGGUGUCCGACUUCAACCACCCACACUACCUGGCCGGUCGCAAGGCCCUGAAGACAGUGUUUGGUGUGGAGCCGGACCUGACCCGCGAGGGUGGCAGCAUCCCCGUGACACUGACCUUCCAGGAGGCCACAGGCAAGAACGUCAUGCUGCUGCCCGUGGGGUCUGCCGACGACGGCGCCCACUCCCAGAACGAGAAGCUCAACAGGCACAACUACAUUGAAGGCACCAAGAUGCUGGCCGCCUACUUGUACGAAGUGUCGCAGCUGAAGGACUGAGGGGCCCUUUGGCCAGCCCCCUCCCCAGGACCCCCGCUCUCCCUCCUCCCCACCCCUAUGGACACCGUGGCUCCUCGGCCCACAGGACAGGGCACCCAGCCACCACAUGGAGGAGUCCCGGCCCCCGGGGAAGCUCAGGCCUGGGGUUUAUGAGGAUCCUCAGGGACACCCAGGGUCCUUCCUCUGUGGGGAGGUCGAGUCUCGUCCGUCUCUGCGGUCAUGUGUCUGGAAGCUGUGACAGGGCGUUGGAGGCUGAGGGUCCUGAUCCCUUCCUCCGACGCCCACAGCCCUGUCUCCUGUGCUGGAAGGAGUCAUCUCUCGGCCACUGGCCUCCGCUGAAUAAACAAACGGG